CUACGGCGAUCCAGGGCCUUAGAUCUAGCUCUGGAUCACACUCCUGCUUCGCAGAUCUUUCGUCUAUCGGGCCUUCGUUAGUUGAAGUCGAAGAUGACAUCGUCUACGUAGCUCAGAGCGUCCGCAGCGUGCACAACAACAAGUACCCGACGUCAUGUAUCAGUGUCAAUUAGAACACAUGACCAUCGGCUUCGACACACCGUACCAGCGACCGCUCUGCCUCCCCUUUUCUCCAGCGGACUUGGCAAUUUGGGCGGCUUCUGACUCUUCGGUAUCUUGGCAGAGGGAAAGGGUAAGUACCAGAUCUGAUAUCGGGCAGCAACGAGCUCAUAUAAACUGCAUGCGGGGCCCAAAAACAAUGUUUCGUAGUGGGUGCUUGGAUUGGGCAUGUGACCUAGUGGAAAGCCGAGAAUGCAUGGCUAGGCGAGAAAAUAGGGGGGAAGGUAUCAGAGGGAAGGACAAGAUGUGCGAAGAAAAAGUACCUAGGAAUCGAAGCCCUCCCGUACACCUCCAACCCCGUGGCUUCGACGCCGGGCCGAUAUCUUCCGGCAGGCUUCUUCUGUCCUCCAUCACUUUCUUCGCACCGCUUCGCUACUAUUCCCUAUCUACCUUAUCCUUCGACUAUAUCUUUUCAGCACCACGCUUUUAAUCCUCCCUUCGCUCGCCGCCAAGCCAAUCGUUAUAAUGCCAGCGCCCUGCGUUGCAGAACCGAAGGCCCCAACGGGGCAGGCAGAACGACAUUAAGACCCAU